UACCAAUAAGAGAAUUAUGAUAACUUGAUUAUUAAGAUCUCAGAUCUAACCUAAAGUCUAACCUAUUGAACUGCGUAUGUACAUAUAGAGCUGGUACUUGACAGGAAACAUGAUAGACUCACAGGACGUCAGUGAACAGGAAUUAGAAGUGUUGAGAGGCGAUGCCCUGGAUAAUAGUCUCUGCAGUAGCAAAUGGAUAAUCAAAACUCUGAUGUCUCUAUGUGAGAUUGACAAGCAUGGCUGGACAAAAGAGCUAGAAGAUCAGCUGUGUAUUCUGUGGGAUCUGAGUAUGGAGGGAGAAGUGGUGUCGCAUCUUAUAUCAUACGAUUUUCCUAACAUAGCGAAGAACACCCUGAUGACUUCUGACGAACCACGAUUAAUUGAAAUAAUCUUAGGUAUCAUCGGCAAUGUAGGCAGCAGUGAUGAAGCCUUCAAUACGAUAUUACGCGACCGAGAGCUUGUUACACAAAUCCUGAGACGUUUAACAUCUGACGACUCGUUAAUAUUGAUUCAACUUAUGAGGAUCUUAAAGUCAGUUUUGUGGCAAGUCAUGGCUCAUCAAUCAGAGGAUUUUUUGACAGCUUAUUUUACAGAAUGCGAAUUUUUCGGAGAUUCUAUAAUUUUUAUAUUAAAGAGCUCGACAAAUGAUGACUUAUUAACAGGCACGAUGAAUAUGCUUGAAUCUAUAUGUGACGUAGAUACGUUGGUUAUUGAAAAUUUCUGGGAGAAACUAUUUAGAAUAGACGACUUGUUUUCGGCGAUGUUAGAAGCAUUCAGCGAGGUAAUAUCGAAGAGAAAAACGAGUCAGUUUGAAUGGAAGUUUGCCGAACAUUGGCUGGGAGUGAUAACUGACAUAGUAGACUGCGCCUCUGAUGGUGGAUUUAAAUCUACUGGAUUUAAUUUCUCUGAAUUUAAAAUCGACAAGACUGACGAGAAGUUUUUGAAGCUCAUGGAGAUUAUGUAUAGGAUAUUGAAACCUUGCAAAAAGUCGUAUAAUUUAUAUCCAAUUCGGCAAGGAGGCGCCAACAUGAUUCACCAUAUUACACACAUGCUGUUGUGUUUGCGUUGUUGCGACGUGAAUGACCCAAGACUGGAUUGCAUUUUGACGACUAUAAUUUUCUCCCUUAAAACUGUUCCAGAAUCAGCUUCAAAAAAUAAUCAAGAUCCCGAGGAAUUGAUAGCCGACCUUUUAGAGCAUCUGAAUGGGUACUGGUUACAUAUGAUUAAAAUCUGUACCGGUAAACAGAUUAUGAUAAUAUUGCGUCUGUGUAAACGCGAGGUUCGUGAAUACCUAAUAAGUUUUGUGCAAUCACAUCCUGAAGCGACACCCGAGGCGCUCCACAAGAUGAAGAGAGUUGUUAAAUACUUGAAAAAAUCUUAGGACAAAAGAUAUUCCCUUAACCCUCAAACACUUGUGGGUUACGGUAAUCCACGCCGUUCGUUACAUAUAGGUUGCACUAGAAUCGACUAUAAUAUAAAAUGUAUUGUAAUUAUAAUAUGGAUCUGAUUAUAUAGAGUUAAUUCUAAUAAGUGCAAUUUUAUAUUUA